UCGACGGCGACGGUACGUACAUGCGCCCCAGCACCAGCAGCAGCACGAAGCAGCGGAGCACCGUCAGGUUCCGGCGGAGGGCCGGUCUACGUAACGGCGGCGGGAGGAGGAGGGUCUGGACCGACUCCCGCCCGCCACUGCUUCCAAUGCUGAGGCAACUGGUCCGAUCGGGCAAGCUCGCGGACGCGAGGUGCCUAUUCGACGCAACGCCGCACCGCGACGAGGUCGCCUACGCCACGCUCCUCGCGGGCUAUGCGGCCGCUGCCGACUUCCCCAGCGCGAUGGAGCUCUUCUCCCGCCUCCGCGCCUCCUCCCCACCCCACGCGGCAGCGGACCCGUUCGUCCUCAGCCCCGUCUUCAAGGCGUGCGCUUCCGCGGCCGCGGCCGCCGAUGCCGGGAUCCUCCGGCAUGCCGCGGCGCUGCACGCGUUCGCCGUCCGCUCAUCGGCCGUCUCCUCCGUGUUCGUCUCCACGGCGCUCGCGGACGCGUACGCCAAGGGCGGCCGCCUCGACCUGGCGCUCCAGGUGUUCGACGAAAUGCCGUGCAAGAACGUGGUCUCGUGGACCACGCUCGUCGCCUCGCUGGCGCGGGCCGGCCGCCGCCACGACGCGCUCCGCCGCUUCGCCGAGAUGCGGGCCUCCGGCGUGGCCUGCGACUCCCACGCCUACGCGGCCGCGCUCACGGCGUGCGCCGACGCGGGGCUGCUGCCGCGCGGGCGCGAGGUGCACGCGCUCUGCGCCAAGCUCGGACUCGACGCCACGCCCUACGUCGCCAACACGCUCGCUACGCUGUACGCGCGAUUCGGCGACGUGGACCGCGCGCUAGCCGCGGUCAGCCGCAUGGGCUCGCGCGACGUUGCCGCGUGGACAACACUGAUCGCCUCCUACGUCCAGACCGGCCGUGAAGAGGAAGCCAUCGAGGCGUUUGUCAGAAUGCUUCACGACGAGUCAUCAAAUUCUGCGGCACCCAAUGAGUACACUUUCUCUGCCGUUAUUGCUGCGUGUGCAAAUAUUGAACGUGUCUGUCUUGGAGAGCAGUUACAUGCACAAGCUGCACAGAGAGGGCUAUCUCAUUCCCGCUCUGUGGCGAAUUCCCUUGCCAAACUCUAUGCGCGCUGUGGCCGUCUUUCAGCUGCUCAUGAUGUGUUCCGGGGGAGUGUUGUCAAGGAUGUUGUCUCUUGGAGCGCAAUUAUAUCAGGAUAUGCACAGGAAGGCUUUGCAGAGGAGGCUUUUGCCUUGUUCUCAGAAAUGAGGCAUCAUAGCAGUUGCCCUCGGCCGAAUGAGUUUACUCUUGCCAGUCUCUUGAGUGUGUGUGCAAGUGCUGCAGCAAUGGAUGCCGGACGCCAGCUGCACGUACUCGCUGUGGCUGCUGGACUUGAACACCAUGCGAUGGUCAGGAGUUCGCUCAUUGACAUGUAUGGAAAGAGUGGUAGCAUGUCAGAUGCUGAUCUUGUAUUUUCCAACCGCACUAGCGAUGAUGUGAUCUCAUGGACUGCUAUGAUCGUUGGGCAUGCUGAGCAUGGUCACAGCAAAGAGGCACUUGAACUGUUUGAGGAAAUGUGCCGUGUCGGGCUAAAGCCAGACCAUGUUACAUUCAUGUGUACCUCCACUGCUUGCCUCUUCAUGCAGGGGAGUUGAGCUUGGAUUGAAAUACCUCAAUGCAAUGAGCAAAAGGUAUGGAGUUGAACCUUCAAAGGAGCAUUAUGGUUGUGUUGUUGAUUUGUUGGGCAGAGCUGGUAGAAUACAUGAGGCUGAGGAGUUGAUUGGAAGAAUUGCUGCCAAUGAAAGAGAUGGUGUGGUUUGGACAUCUUUGCUUAGGGCAUGUGCAGCUCGAGGUGCAGAGGAAACUGGAAAGAAAGCUGCCGAGAGGGUAUUGCAGGCAGAGCCAUGGGGUUCAGGAGCACAUGUGGUAAUGGCAAACCUCUAUGCCAGCAAAGGGCAGUGGCGUGAGGCAGCCCAGGAACGCCAUUUGAUGAAGCAGAAAGGUGUUGUAAAAGGGGCAGGUUGGUCAUCUGUCGAAGUUGGAGGGGAGGACAGAGGGGUCGGAGUGUUUGUUUCAGGAGACCGGACAAAUCCCCAGGACAAUGCCAUCUAUCUAAUGCUUGACUUGAUGUACUACGGAGCUGGAAUGGUUCGCCAUAUCCCUGAUCAGUUGCAUUUAGGAUCUGAAGUGGAGCUAACAGUUAACUGAGUAAUCCUGAAAGAAUCAGUUACUGCAAGGGAGAAGUUUACAAGUGUCCUUACCAUGAUGUAACAUCCCAUUUACAGGACAUAUAAGGUUUGGUCAUUUCAUUUCUUUUGUGCUACUGCUUUGUGGGAAAUCUGAAUACUAAUGCUGGAUCUGGAUACAUGCCUUGAUAAGGUGGCUGCAACAUUUAGCAUUUCAGACAUGCAGGGUGCUGUGGUGCACUGAAUUCCAGUCCAAUCAAGUAUUCUAAAAAAGGAAUUAUAUUCCAAUCAAACUAAAGCAGCUGUGGUGCAUUGAUUUCUGCAUCAGACUCGUAUUAGUCUACUAAACUGAUGUAACAUUGGUGCAUUGCCCAGUGGCUCCGAGAGAAGCAUGAAUGUGACUAGCUGCCUGUUGAACUUUUUUACAGAAAAAGCAUCCUGGUUGUUCAGGUUGUAUUCAUCAUUCUUGUGAAGGGAGCCCGGCCACCACAUGGAAGGAAACUCACUUUCUUUCUUUCGUUUUCAAAAAAGGAGGCAAUUCACUUUCACAAUAACAUUUCCAUAUUCCGUGCUGCAGUGCUCUGUAAUUUGUAUAGAGAUGGUAAAUUGUUUCUUGACUGACUUGUUGAUUCCUUGGUCUAUGUUCUUGUAAAGGCUGAUAAUGUCAAUCCUCAUGCUACAAUAAUAGAGGGGUUACUUUUAUCCCUUGUGCCAA